AGAGAGAAUGAAAAGAAAGAAUGUUGCUCAUGAAAAGCUCCUGGCUCCCUCAUUCGCUGCCUUGUCCACCCAGUGAUUUUUCUCCUCCUUGCUCAUUUCUUUUCUUUUUCUCCUUCUGGAAGGUGCCUCUGGAAGCUCUCAGUUGGAAAACUGCUCUGGACUGAUAGCUGCCUGCUUCCAGCUCUUCUUUCCAAUGGAGAAACAGAGGCAGCUGGACCCAGCCUGCAGAUCCACUGCAGAGUAGGACCUGCUCCCUUUGGCCAAGCUUGGCAAGGAAGAAGAAGAAGAGCCUGCAAGGGCUUGUUCCUCAUCUGGAGCGAGUGACAGACUGACUGGCAGAGGUAGGCCACUGCGCUGCGUUGAAGACCCCUCUAGGACUAUGACUCUGAUCUUGAUCUACUGGCCUUUAGCAGACCUACAAAGGGAGCGUUAAAUAUGCUGUGAAACUGGACUUCGGGUCUCUGCAAAACAUCUGCGUGUGGUCUUGCCGCAUCAAGACUACAGAGAGACGACACAAUGCUCCGUGAAGUGAUCCUGUGGCUGGCGCUCGUGGUGUUUGGCAUCUCCACAGUGACCGGAGGGGGAGCCGGAGGAGGUUAUGCGCAAAUCAAGUACAUGCAGCCGGUGGUGAAAGGACCCCUUGGCCCUCCAUUUCGGGAAGGUAAAGGACAGUACAUAGAUAUGCCACCGCUGCUACCGAUGGACCUUAAAGGAGAACCUGGACCUCCUGGAAAGCCUGGCCCAAGAGGACCACCUGGCCCACCUGGCUAUCCUGGGAAACCAGGGACUGGGAAACCAGGGCUUCAUGGCCAACCAGGACCUGCUGGCCCACCUGGCUUUUCUGGCAUUGGCAAACCGGGCAUCCCAGGGCUUCCUGGCAAGGCAGGGAUGAAAGGGAUGCCUGGGAUGAAAGGUGAGCCCGGCAUGAGAGGCGAUCAAGGGCCAAGAGGUCUUCCAGGCCCACCGGGGUUGCCUGGACCAGCUGGCAUCUCUGUUAAUGGAAAACCAGGAGCACCUGGUAGCCCGGGACUACCAGGAUUCCGGGGGGAGCCAGGUGCAAAAGGAGAGCCUGGCCCUCGUGGCGAGCGUGGCAUGAAAGGUGAAAAUGGGAUUGGGAAGCCCGGACUGCCAGGAAUAAGAGGAAAUGGUGGGGUCCCGGGCCCUGCAGGGCCUCCCGGGCCCCCAGGCAUUGGGAAACCUGGACUCAACGGCCUGCCUGGUGCUCCAGGUGACAAGGGUGACUCAGGGCUCCCAGGUGAGCCAGGGGUCAGUGGUCAGCCUGGACCCAUGGGCCCACGUGGCCCACCAGGUGUGGAUGGAAUUGGUGUGCCAGGGGUAGCUGGUGUACCGGGCCUACAGGGCCCCAUGGGUCCCAAGGGCGAACCCGGUCUGCGGGGCCUUCCAGGUAUGCCUGGCCCUACAGGAUAUGGGAAGCCAGGUCUACCUGGCUUAAAAGGGGAUCGUGGACAACCAGGUGUUCCAGGACUCAUUGGGGACAAGGGGGAGCCAGGAAUGGAUGGAGAACCUGGUGAGAUGGGUCCCCCUGGCAUGACUGGGUCUCCAGGCCCCCCUGGUUCUAUGGGUAUGCCAGGCAAACAUGGAAUUCCAGGUCCUAAAGGGGAAGCUGGGCCCAGUGGGCCUGCAGGACUACCAGGCAUGCGUGGGGAUCAAGGACCCAGUGGCUUUGUGGGGAAGCCAGGGGUUCCUGGGGAGAGAGGACUGCCAGGGCCACAAGGGAUGCCUGGCCCCACAGGCCCCAAGGGGGAAACUGGUUUCAUGGGGCUUCCUGGAGUGCCAGGACUUACAGGGCCCAUGGGGUCAAAGGGAGACUCUGGUAUUCCAGGGCAGCCAGGCCUCAGAGGCCCAUCAGGUAUACCAGGUUUACAAGGGCCUUCUGGUCCAAUGGGGCCCCAAGGUUUACCAGGACUCAAAGGAGAGCCUGGCUUCCCCGGAGCCCCAGGAGUUGGCAAAGUAGGGGAGCCAGGAAUUAUAGGUCCCAUUGGGCCACCAGGAGUUCCUGGCAAUCCUGGAUUGAAUGGGCUACCAGGGCCACCUGGGCCACCAGGGCCACCGGGUGCACCAGGGAUGUUUGACGAGGCAGGAAUCGCUGGCCUCCACUUGCCAGACGGAGGCGUAGAGGGAGCAGUGCUGGGGAACGGCAAGCCCGGGAAGCCUCAGUACGGCCGAGGGGAACUCUCUGCCCAAAUGAUGCCUGCCUUCACUGCCAUCUUGACCUCACCAUUCCCAGCUUCAGGAAUGCCAGUCAAAUUCGACAGGACUUUGUACAACGGGCAGAAUGGUUAUAAUCCAGUGACGGGGAUCUUCACCUGUCCCAUUUCUGGCAUCUAUUACUUUGCCUACCAUGUCCACGUUAAAGGAACUAAUGUCUGGGUGGCACUUUAUAAAAACAACGUGCCUGCCACCUACACCUACGAUGAAUACAAAAAAGGCUACUUGGACCAAGCGUCUGGUAGUGCUGUGCUCGAACUCAAAGAGAAUGACCAAGUCUGGAUCCAGAUGCCAUCAGAUCAAGCCAAUGGUCUUUACUCCACUGAAUACAUCCAUUCUUCUUUUUCCGGAUUCCUUCUCUGUCCCACAUAACGGCUGUUGGGAACCCCUGCUUUUAUCCACUUUAGCCAUAAACUUGUCCUUUUUUUAAAAAAAAAAUUAAAAAUACAAAAGUCACUGGGAAGACGGUGCAAAUCAGUGGUUUGGAACCACUUUGACCAAGCCAAGGAGUUAAUAUGGAAGAGAAAAUUUGGUGGUGGUUGUACCAUCUUUGCAUUCAGAAUUACCCAAGUGGCUGCACAUUGAACACAGAUAGUAACUUGGGGAAUCAGCUGCCAAUUUUCUUAGGACGCACAGAAAGCACUCGAUAGAUGGCAGUGUGCAGGGGGACUGCAGCCUACAACAUAAACAGUUGUAGAAUUCCUCUAUCACCUUAAGGCACCUCCUUCCAAAUUUGGCAUUUGUCCACGUUUCCGUUUUCUGUUUUCAAAUGUGAUUUACGUCAGUUUCUUGAGACAAAAAUGAAGACUCCCCACCCCCAAAGGGUGAAUUGUGAUUGUGGAAUGCUUUGCAUAAGCACCUUUUACACAGUACUCAGCACAUCUUUAGAGCAAGUAUAUGGAAAAGGGGAUGGCAAAUGAAACGUAUUCCAAAACCACUGGAAUUUUCUGAUUCCCCUGAAAAACAACCACCGAGAAGAUUCUGCAAUACAUGUAUGAUAACCCGUUAUUAACUGAAACAGCUAAAUGUCCUUCAUCUGAAAUUCAGCAAUCUAAAAACCUAAGGUUCCAUGAAUGCUGUUGGUUGACAAUGCCAGCCUUAAGGCACUGCAGGCAUGGCUUCAGUUGCUAUUGGCUUGACUUGAGAAAGGUUGAACUGUUCACAUCAUCAAGGUGCCAGUUAAUAGACCCUUUUAUUCAGGAUGUCUACACUUUUUGUUGAGAGCGGUGGGAGAACCCAUCACUCACGAAGUUUAUAAUUUAAAAAAAAACGGGACUCAACCAUACGUUUCCAUUCAGUAAUUUUUUUUUUUACAACAGUGCUAUUAAUGUUAGCUACUUUAAAAGUUAUUCAGUAUAGUGCAAUAUCUAUUUUAAAAGGUGGGAAGUGUUGUGUGCAAGGAUUUCUAUGCCUUACGAAUAUUUUCGUUGUCUGGUGCAUUUUUUUACCACUUUAUAUCAGUAAUGCUUGAAAUGUCCCUUUUCUUAUUCUAGGUCACAAGGUUAUUCACAGCUUCUGGAACAGUGGGUAUGGCUGUGGUCAUAGGAAUAUCUUAGUUGACUAGGAGCAAUCAAACGCUUUGGGCUCGCACAAUAAGUGGCAAUGCAUAACCCUAAAUGGUUAAAAAGAGAACUGUCUCAUCCAGGAAAAAUAAUGUGUUUAAACUCCCUUUCCAUACAAGCCAUUUAUGAAGAAAACAAAAGGCAUUAAUCUUGUCCAGGGAUUUUCAAGUGCAUGGCUCAAGCAUCUUAAUAUAAUUCUCCAGGUUUAGUGUACAUAGAAAUAUUUAAACAUUAAAAUAGACAUUCAAAAUGCAUUUGUGAACCAAUAUUCUGAACGGCGUUUGAGACAAGUCACAUUAUGGAGCUUAGAAAUAUCUUAAAAACCCCAAGGAUGAUAUGGAAUUGAAAUUUGGGUCACCUGUAUUUCAGUUGUGUAGCUUCCUUCCUUCUUCCUUUUUCCUUCCUUCCUUCAACGUAAAAUGUGUCUGUUUGGACUUAGACACAACAAAAGUAUAGGCCCAAGAUUUCUGGUUCCAUCUGAUGUGUUUUUAAAUUCCUGGAGAGGAGAAGGAUGCCAAAGGCAUACUCCACUUGCAAUAACAUCUUUGAUUUGACAUUCAGUCACCACAGGCUAAAACUGAAGAAGCCAAGUACACACAUUUUCUGCGUGCCUGAUAUUGGAAGAGGGAUUCUAGACUUGUGCUCUUGACUUAAGUGUAUUUUCCUGUGGAGGAGAGCAUUAAACUUCCACGGUUAAUGCCAACAGAUGAAAGAAAAUGUGCUACUAUUUAACAAAGUCACAUUGCCUGAGGUGGGAAAGAAUGGUCAAUAAGUAUUUUAACAGAAGCAGAGAACUGCAUAAAUCCAAGCUUUGUUCCUUUCGGUACCUUGUACACAAUUUAUUUAUACUGGUUUCUUAUGAUGAGAUAACCUUUUUUUUUUCCUUUGUAGAUUUAUCACUUGUUUUCUGGCUGGUAAGACAGAAAACACAGUAACCAUUUACACAUUUAUCUCCAAACUCAGAGGUAUUGAAACAUUCAGUUCCAUAGGGAAGGUUUUGCAGCCUCACUAUCCUCUUCUCGUACAGAUGGUAAACCUGCUACAGAUAUACAGUUUUAAAGAACCUUUUAACUUAACAUGCAUACCGAAAGAUGCUGCCAUCACACAAAAGAAGAUGAUGUAUGGGACGAAGAGGCUGACUGGAAAGUUAUGGGGUGGCUUAUUAUUAUUGACACAUUCAGUGCCUGCUAUUUGUCUGUGACAAAGGUUGGGUUUUCAUGUUGGAAAAGCAUAUGGGAACUAGGUUUCAGUCAGUAGACAGAAGAGGUGGGAGACUUAACUAAGCAUUGCAAUAUGCAUUUUAUAUACCAUUUCUCUCUUAGUUUGCCUCUGGUAUCUUCAUUUCUAACCUACUAUAUAGAGGAUUUUUAGUUUUGUAAAUACUUAUGUUACAUGCACUGUUUCAUAGUAAAUUUGGUUUUUAAAUGCACUCUUGUUUUGUGAUCAAAACUGGCCUUCACUUCUGAACUGAAACUACAGUACUUGAUUGUAUUGAACCAACGUCAAUAAAUCUUAUUUUACAAAGAGA